ACUCAUCUAAUUUUAUCAUUGCGUGAUGGAGGAGCCUGAGGAAAUAAAUAAGGAUGGAAACUGACUGGGAAACAUUGAGAGAAUAUGCCGUGACUAGUGCAUAUUAUUUUGUAAUUUUUUCAUUGGUCGUUUAUCUUUUUGUUGGAUUUCUUGGACGCCUAUCAAUCACACCAAAAGUUCCCAUUUCUGUGCAGAAAGUGCUGAUUAUCACUGCCCAUCCAGAUGAUGAGUGCAUGUUUUUCUCCCCCACCAUCCAAUCGUUAAUAAACUCAGGGCAUUUUGUUCACGUCUUGUGUCUUUCUAAUGGAAAUUUUUAUGGCUUGGGAAAGACCAGAUCACUUGAAUUAUUCAGCAGCUGUGAAACAUUAGGUGUUCCACUUAGAAAUGUUUAUCUAUUCAACCACAGUGACUUGCAAGAUCAUCCUGAACAUCCAUGGAAAAUUAGAGAUGUGGAGAAAAUCAUAUUACCUGUCAUGUACUACUUACAGCCACACUUGGUCAUAACAUUUGAUAAUUAUGGUGUAAGUGGUCACAGUAAUCACAUCUCAAUUCAUGAUGCUCUACAAAGUUUAUGUAACAAGAGAGUUCUUCCUAACAAUAUGCGGGCAUUCCAGCUACAAAGCACCAGUAUUUUUCGUAAAUAUGUCUCAGUUUUAGAUCUGCCUUUGACUCUUUUAACUUCCAAGUUUCUGGCUGUUGUGUCACCUUGGGGAUUAUUGAAAGGAUGGUGGGCCAUGUUGAAUCACUGGAGCCAGUUUGUUUGGUUCAGGGCCCUGUACAUUGUAUUCUCAAGAUACAUGCUAAUGAAUACCUUAGAGGAAAUUCUCCCCCAGGAAGUAUGGCCACCAGAAAUAGACGAGGAGGAGGAACCAAAGAAACAGAAAACCAAAGAAGAUGGGGAACCUAAACCAAAGAGGAGGAGGAAAAACUGAGAGGGAGGCUAGAUUUAUGGCUAAAGAUUAAAUGUUUUGUAGUGAUAAACUCAACCUCAGGCUAUGUCAUGUGAAUGUAUAAUACAGUAAAACAUGAAUAUUAUAUUUAAUGAAAUCAUACUGGAGGGAGGUGAGGGUCAGGCCCUGUAUUUUUAAAAUAUAUUAUGAACCAGAGAGAUAUCAUAAAUUACGUUUAUGAAGAAGUAAAAUUGAAAAUCCCGGACAUUUCACUAUAUGCAUGUUUUACUAUAUAUAUAAAGAUAUAGAAGGAAUAAAAUGGAAAUAUUUUUACAUUUAGAAUAAAAAUGAAAUCUAAGGAAUAAAGGCAGCACUACAUGUAUAUCUUGUGAUUAUACACCACAAUGUUACUUGAAUUUUGUAAGUAAUCUUCCUACAGUAUUUGGUGCUGAAAUUUAAAUAUUCCCACUUGUACAUGUCCAGUUGAGUUGCUUGCCUUUCCAGCAAUAAUUUUCUUCUUUUCCAAGAUAAGUAUUGUAAUAAGAUCAGUAUGUUUAGGUGUGUUUAAACCAAAACAUGAAAAUAUGAUUGUAUGAAGUACUAAAUUUAGUGAAAAAUAAGUAAAGUUAUUGGGGAUUUAUAAAGUUGCUAAAUAUUUGAACAUAGGAAAAAGAAA